AUGAACCAGCACAUCAAGACGGCGGUGGUGAAGCGUGCGCGGUCGCUGUACACGGCAUCGGCACUCCCACAAACCUAUCUGCCCAACAUCAUGUUCGACUAUUCGCACUCUCCGCGCCCGUCUCCGCGCAAAGUACCCUACCAACAGCCAACUGGCCAAUCGCAGCAGAGCGAGCAGCCCUCGGGGUCUCCAGCAACGACACUGCCAGCACCGUACUACACCUCGCAGACGGCAUGGAUCGGGAAUGCGAGCCAGACACCGACGUAUUCGAUCCCCCCGCCGCUGUGGCUGUGCCCACCGCUGGAUGCUGCGUGUUUCCCACUUGCGCUGGGGAUCGACGUCGGGCCUGGUCCGUGGGAUCUGAUCCGUGUGGGCAGAGAGCCUGUUGUGCGCAAAGAGCCCGAGGUGGAUGUCGUCCCGUGGACCUUUGAGUGCGGUGCAUAUGGGAUCCCCAAGAAGCCGCUUGGAAAGCGCAAGUCGGAGAGCGAGGACCUGCACAUGGCAGUCCAAGUGGGCGAGGACAGCUACUUUGUCAGACCAGAUGCCCUUGGAGUGGCAGACGGUGUGGGUGGAUGGGCACACCACCAUCUCCGCGCAGACUCGGCCCGAUUCGCACGCAUGCUCAUGCACAACUGCGCCAACGAGAUUGCAAAUCCCCGCCGCCCGCAAGACGCAUAUCCCUCGCCUCCACUCACCCCGCGCUCGCCCAGCACAGACAACGACAUUUCUCACCUCGCUUCCGUCCUCGAAUCCGUCUCGCUCGAACCCGAGAUUUCCCCUCGUGACGUCCUCCAUCUCGCCUAUGAACGCACAGUCGCCACCUUUCGUGCUACCGGCAUUGCCGGAUCUAGCACCGCUCUCGUCGCUAUCCUACGCGACGGUGAGCUCUCGGUUGCCCAUUUGGGCGACUGUAUGCUUGCCGUCGUCAGGGAUGGAAAGUUUGUUCUCAGGAGCGAAGACAUGCAGCACAGUUUCAACUUUCCUUACCAACUGGGCCCGCACUCGUCUACUACCCCACGCGCCGACGCCCAGCUCAUCAAAUCCAAGGUUGUCCCCGGCGACAUUGUCAUCCUCGCCUCGGACGGCCUGGGCGACAAUCUAUGGGACGAAGAAGUCCUGUCCGAAGUCUCCCGCUUCCAGCUCUCUCAAAUCCUCAGCGGAGACCAAGACGUGAACCCGCAGGUGCUGGGAGAAGCCCUGGCCAGGAGAGCCAAAAAGGCGGCUCAGGGCAAGGCCGAUGUUCCCUUUGGCGCUAGGGCUCGUGCCGCGGGCGUUUCCUUUGGAGGCGGCAAGAUGGAUGACAUAAGUGUGGUUGUGGCGAUUGUACGAGGUCCGACGCUGGCCGCUCCUUCGACACCGCCGAUACCCACACCAGCCCAUUCAUAG